CACUUCUCCACUACUACUAUCACCACCAUCUCAAAAACUAGAGAGAGAAACAAAACAGAGGAGAGAGAAAAAACCAGAGGAAAAAUGUCUAAGGAAGUAAGUGAAGAAGCACAAGCUCACCAACAUGGAAAGGACUACGUAGAUCCACCACCAGCACCAUUCUUUGACUUAGGGGAGCUCAAAUUGUGGUCUUUCUGGAGAGCUGCUAUUGCUGAGUUUAUUGCGACGCUUUUGUUUCUAUACAUAACCGUCGCCACUGUCAUUGGUCACUCCAAGGAAACUGUUGUUUGUGGUUCUGUUGGCCUUCUUGGUAUUGCUUGGGCUUUUGGUGGCAUGAUCUUUGUCCUUGUUUACUGCACCGCCGGUAUCUCUGGAGGGCACAUCAACCCAGCAGUGACUUUCGGACUAUUCCUAGCAAGGAAGGUGUCCUUACUAAGGGCACUAGUCUACAUGAUAGCCCAAUGUUUAGGAGCCAUAUGUGGUGUAGGACUAGUGAAGGCCUUCAUGAAGGGUCCUUACAACCAAUUUGGUGGUGGGGCUAACUCUGUUGCUCUUGGAUACAACAAAGGUACUGCCUUAGGAGCUGAGAUUAUCGGCACCUUUGUUCUUGUGUACACCGUCUUCUCUGCUACUGACCCUAAGAGGAGCGCACGUGACUCUCACGUGCCUAUCUUGGCCCCACUUCCCAUUGGUUUUGCUGUGUUCAUGGUUCACUUGGCCACUAUUCCCAUCACUGGCACUGGUAUCAACCCUGCUAGAAGCUUUGGCGCUGCUGUUAUCUUCAACAGCAACAAGGUUUGGGAUGACCAAUGGAUAUUCUGGGUCGGACCAUUCAUUGGAGCAGCAGUAGCAGCAGCAUACCACCAAUAUGUAUUGAGGGCAGCAGCAAUUAAGGCGUUGGGAUCCUUCAGAAGCAACCCUACCAAUUAAUUAAGGAAGACUCUACUGUUUAAUCAGAAAUUAAUGGAAGAAGGGAAAAAAAUUGAUUUGUUUUUUUGUGUGCAGUAUUACCAACUAUGAAGAGAUUAUUCAGUGUUUCUCAUCUCUUGUUCUUUUGUAAUUCUUGGGUAUGUGAAGUAAAUUAUUGAGUUAAGUUAGCAUCAAUGGACAAUGGUGUAUUAUUGUUGGUUCAUCGAGUAUUAUGAUUAGUGACCAUUUCAUUUGAA